GCCCAGUCCCAGAAGCAGUGCAAGAAAUCCUCCUUCGCCUUCUACCAGGCGGUGAGGGACCUGCUGCCCGUCUGGUUCCUGGAGGACAUGCGGACCAUGGAGGCCUUCCACUGGGAGGACGGGGGCAAGGUGAGCGUGUACACACCCUCGGAGGCCCUGCUCUAUGCGCUGGUGCACGACCACCAGCCCUACGCCCAGCACCUGCUGACUAAGUUCCCCCAGAGCGCCCUGGCCGUGCCCAGCCAAAGCUUCAGCUGCUGCCAGUCCUCAGCCCCGCACCUGGCCAUGGCCGUCCGCUAUAACCGGGUCCGCAUCCUCUUCCGAAUCCUCAAGGCCAUCCAAGCCUUCCCGCUGAGCGACAGAGCCGGUUACCUGGACCGCCGGGGCUGCAGCCGCGUGGAGGGCGGCAAGACAGCCUUGCACGUGGCCUGCGAACUGGUGCGACCCGAGUGCUUGCUGCUGCUGCUGGGGCACGGCGCGUCGCCCUGCUUGCAGGACAGUGCCGGGAAUACCCCCCUCGACACGUUACUGCAGCAGAUCUCCCACACGCCAGCAGCUAACGUGCGUGCCAAGCUCCUCUGCCUCGACUGCCUCUUCUUCUUCAUGCCUCAGGACCUUCAGUUCACAAUGAAACAGCAACUGUUGGACAACCGGCAGCGGUGGCAGGACCUCCUGGGGGAGAACAGGUUCCAGUGCCUCCUGGGCUUAGCUCCCCCGUCGCUGUUUGUCGGAGCCAUGCGUGUCUUGAUCAGGACCAUCUCACCUGAGCAUUUCCCAGAGGCUCUGGACAAUCUGCCUCUGCCUCAUUUUCUAAAGCCUUUGGACUUGAAACUGGAGAGCUAGAGGGGUGGUAUGACAGCUCACCUGACAGAAAUAGACUGUUGUGCUAAAAAUGUAUCGGUAUAUGAAGCUGCUAAUGCAGCAGCCAAGUAUCUGUUUUAAUUAGAACUGUCUUUUUUAAAAAAAAUUAUGUACCUGGCACUUUUCAAUAUAUUUUAUU